CAGCUCCUCAUGUUCUCCUGUCAGACCCAGGGGGAGAAUCAACCGUCUCCUAAUUUUAACCAGUACGUGAGGGACCAGGGGGCCAUGACUGACCAGCUGAGCAGAAGGCAGAUCAGGGAGUACCAGCUCUACAGCCGGACCAGCGGGAAACACGUCCAGGUGACCGGCAAACGCAUCACCGCCACGGCCGAGGAUGGCAACAAGUUUGCCAAGCUGAUCGUGGAGACAGACACCUUCGGGAGCCGUGUGAGGAUCAAAGGAGCUGAGAGUGAGAAGUACAUCUGCAUGAGCAAGAAGGGGAAGCUCAUUGGGAAGCCCAACGGGAAGAGCAAGGACUGCAUCUUCACCGAGAUCGUGCUGGAGAACAACUACACGGCUUUCCGGAACGCCCGCUACGAGGGUUGGUACAUGGCCUUCACCCGCCGGGGCCGGCCCCGCCAGGCUUCCCGCAGCCGGCAGAACCAGCGGGAGGCCCAUUUCAUCAAACGCCUGGCCCGGGGGCAGCUGCCUUUCCCCAACCACCCCGAGCGCCAGCAGCAAUUCGAGUUCGUCGGCUCCUCCUCCCCCACCCGCCGCACCCGAGCCCCCCGCCCACGGACGUAA